UGAGGACGUCAUUCAGCUGUUUUCUGUAUCCAAGCGAAGGUCAGUUGAGAAAGCAAGUUCUGUUUUUGUUUUUGUAUUUUUCGCGGGGAUUCAGAAGUCAGCGCGCUUUGCUCUCCUGUAAUCCCACAUUGCAUUGUGCACCGAAAUUUCUGAGUUUAAACUUAAGUACGGGCAUUUCUCGAUGUCGCCUAUAUAGGCAAUAAGAUAGUCCACUUUCAAAUUCUCAGCAAAAACUAUUUCUUCCUUUUCUCGGUUAGAUAUCAGUUUUUCCCUGUUCUCGUUCACUAAUAAUGAACUCGAAAUUUUCAAUACCGCACGAGGCUUUGCCGAGUGCGGUGUUGAAAUUUCUCGUUCAUUGUUAGUGAACUCGUGCAGGUAAAUCCCGAUAAUUCACUCGCUGAGUGCGUUAACCUGUAAGUAUACCACUCGAUAGCGUUACAUAACUAGUAUAUAUUCAUAUGAAAGAAACUUGGAAUAACUGCCUUUAACCUGUGACCUGUGACCUGCGUUUUGUACCUGCUAGGGGAAAUAGAUCGGAAUAGGGAUCGGAGGUCCCAGGACGAGGUUCCGGGGCGGCCGCUCCCUCUUCGUGAAAAGAUUACUGUAAUCAGUAUUUUCUUGGUGUGGAGCCUAGGAUAGGAAGGUCAUUAGAUUAGACUUAUUGUCUCACAGUUUCAUUCUCUUGUCAGUUUAGACUGUUUAGUUCCGGAACUCCUCCUCGGUUUUUUAGGAGUAAUGGAUUCUGUAACGACGGAAGGAGGUAAACUACCCUAUGAUGUCAGUGGUUCACGGCCUGACAGUAUUCCCAGGGUGGGUCCUAAUCGUCUCAGAUGCCGAAAUUCGACGUAAUCUCUAAAAAUAUCGACGGAUUUCCUAUUAUCUCUCUCGCUUAUCACGCUACCACGUCAGUCCUUCCGAUCUAGAGUUCAAAAACCUAACUACCCCUCCAUCAGUUGAGUUUCUGACCCUCUUCUAAGUUGGAUAGCAGGCUAGUCCAUCAGACGCAUGAUCAGUCCGCACUGAAUUCCCCGUUACUGAUCCAGUUGAAUGGUUUGAAUGUAAAAAAAAAAAACACAGCUGUGAGGUAAAGUAUCCUAAGUUGCUAACCACAUAGGAGGGGGACAGAGAUCUCUGUCUCAGAACUAACACCUUAUGCCACCACGACGAAACUUUGGCUACCAAACCCUGAUCUAGUCAAAAACAAAAGCCGCUGUUGUUGUGUUUUGGCCGGUUGUCGUCGUUUGCGCGCUAUGCUCUCCUGUGUUUCCACAUUACAUUGUCCUUCGAAACUUCUCACUGCCCCCGUUCCUUAUCCUGAUCUAUUUACCGAGCAUUCGUUCAGAUCUGCUCUCUUAGGUUACCUUGGCCUCCUACGCAGACUUUCUGCCCGUCACGCAAUCUUCCUUUCCCAGGAAGAUUGCGUGAUGAGCCCAGAGAACGUAUUAUUAAACUAAUUUUAAUCACCUAUUUAAACCUCUAACUUCAUACUGGUAGCGCGCGUUAUAGAAGUCCCAGUUUGAAGCACCCGUCUGCGUCAGCCUUUACGCCGAUGAACUUACAUUUCCUGCCCAGUCAAAAACUAUGACCUGUUCCAUUCUCUUUAGAAGACCGAAAAAAGGGAAUCUUCGACUUGGUAAUUAAUCUGUUUUACAAGUUAUUUUCCCGUACAGAGUGCCCAAGAAGAGAUCACGAGAUAAGCACAACUUGACACUUUGUGCGGGUUGCUAGCUAAACCUGUUGUAAGGUCUUGUAACUUCUGCGAAAAUCUUUCUGUCGUUCAAAACUGAUGUCCGCGUGGUAACUACCCUACCCUCCCCUCCCUUCUUAGCACUACUAAUACCUCCCCUGUUAUCCCCGUGUUGCAUUGUGUAUGGCGCGGUGAUUGCGCAAGUUUGGCGCAAGUUUUUAUUCCAGACAUUUCGGUCAGCGGUUAUCAAUAGAAAAACACGAGGAAACCAAGAUGGCGGAAGGAAGCACUGCCAAAAUAACACACAUAGUGGCGGACGCGGCUGCUUUUCUGAAGAAUGCACCGCUUCACGAACUGUGUGACAACGUGUACACGGUUGAAGAUGUCAUAAAUGAGAUCAGAGAUGCGGCAACUAAGCAGCGUUUGGCGGUAUUGCCUUACAGUAUUCACUUCAGAGAACCAACCACAGAGGCACUGCACGCUGUGUCAGAAUUUGCCAAACUGACAGGAGAUUUCAGAAGUCUUUCAGUUGUUGACUUGAGAGUUCUGGCUCUCACAUACCAGCUGGAAAAGGAACAUUGUGGAAUAGACCACAUUAAGACAAGACCCACCAAACAGGUUGAGUUCACUCAGGGAUUCACAGGAAAGCUAGUUCCUGGGUUCUUUGUAGAAAAAAAAUCAAACGUUGAAAGUGGACAAAGUGAACAUAACAAGGAAGAGGCGGAAAUUAGUAUUGUAGAGAGUGACAGAACAGACCACAAAGAAAUUGUAACAGAUCAGCAACACAACAACGAACCAAACACAAGUCAGGAAAAUAUAAUUGAUCUCUCAAGAACUGAAAUAAGCAGUAACACUACAAAUGACGAGAACAGUGAAUCAACAGCUGUGGAAAUUACAACUGGAAUGGAGACACUGACUACAAAUAAUACUACAUUAAAUGAUUCACGAGACAAUGAUGAGGGAUUUGAGGAAAAUGACGAGGAUGUUGAUAAUGAUGAUGAUUUGGACAGCAACAGUGAUGAUGAUGAUGAUGAUGGCUGGAUUACACCUGAUAACAUAAAGCACAUCAAGAGUCAGAUGGGGAAAGAAACUCUUGAUGCAGUCCCGGCUAAUGUAACUGUGGGUUGUCUUACAACUGACUUCGCAAUGCAGGUAGUAAUGCAAUUUCAGGGUGAUAUGAAUAAAUCUGUGUGUUAUUUUACAGUGUCAGAAUUUGCCAAACUGACAGGAGAUUUCAGAAGUCUUUCAGUUGUUGACUUGAGAGUUCUGGCUCUCACAUACCAGCUGGAAAAGGAACAUUGUGGAAUAGACCACAUUAAGACAAGACCCACCAAACAGGUUGAGUUCACUCAGGGAUUCACAGGAAAGCUAGUUCCUGGGUUCUUUGUAGAAAAAAAAUCAAACGUUGAAAGUGGACAAAGUGAACAUAACAAGGAAGAGGCGGAAAUUAGUAUUGUAGAGAGUGACAGAACAGACCACAAAGAAAUUGUAACAGAUCAGCAACACAACAACGAACCAAACACAAGUCAGGAAAAUAUAAUUGAUCUCUCAAGAACUGAAAUAAGCAGUAACACUACAAAUGACGAGAACAGUGAAUCAACAGCUGUGGAAAUUACAACUGGAAUGGAGACACUGACUACAAAUAAUACUACAUUAAAUGAUUCACGAGACAAUGAUGAGGGAUUUGAGGAAAAUGACGAGGAUGUUGAUAAUGAUGAUGAUUUGGACAGCAACAGUGAUGAUGAUGAUGAUGAUGGCUGGAUUACACCUGAUAACAUAAAGCACAUCAAGAGUCAGAUGGGGAAAGAAACUCUUGAUGCAGUCCCGGCUAAUGUAACUGUGGGUUGUCUUACAACUGACUUCGCAAUGCAGAAUGUGUUGAUCCAGAUGGGGUUCCAUGUGAUUUCAGUGGAUGGUAUGUUGAUUAGGGAGGCACGGAGCUAUGUGCUGAAGUGCUAUGCCUGUUUCAGAGUAACAAGCCAGCUAGGGAAGAAGUUUUGUCCAUCUUGUGGUAACAGCACUUUGGUGAGAUUAUCAGUAAGUGUUGAUGAGGAUGGUGUAACUCAUUACCAAGUGCCAAACAGAAAGAAACCAUUUAACAUCAGAGGAAAGAAGUUUCCUCUUCCUUUGCCUAAAGGCGGCCGUCACAGUGAGAACCCAGUACUCACUGAAGACCAGCCGCGCGGCCAGCAUCGUCUGCCUCGCAAGAAAGAUAACAUGAAUGUGUUUGAUCCCGAUUACAUCGCACGAACCUCGCCAUUCGCUGCUAAAGACGUGACUAGCCGAGCUUCCCAGCUUGGCUAUCACUUGAAAGGUGCACAGUACCAGAACAGAAGGAAUCCAAACGAGGUCAGGAAAAAAAGUUCGCGGAAAAAGAAAAAGUGAUUUGUUUGUCUUUCCCCUUUCUGUCGAGGAAACACGCGUCUGUAGGUACACUGAGAUACCAGUCUAGCAAGCACAGGAAUCUCACGCAGGCCCAAGAUAAGCGAAAGGAUGGAAUUGUCACGAAUUAUAUUUCGAACAAUAAUAUACGCACACUUGAAUACGAAAUAAAGGUGUUUGAGACGAAAAGUA